AUGAGACUACGAGUGAUGAGCUGGCGGACCCUCGCCAUACGACAAACUACAACCGGACCAACAAGAACGAAAGCCGCGACCCGAUGUUUAUCGAGCUCCAGUUGCCUCUCAAUGCCACAGCGAAUCCCCUUGGAUAUUCCGCCACCAUUUCCUAUUACCAAGAAUUGCCCUGAACCGAAGUGCUCAUGUCCUCCGACACCAUCUAUGCCCGAAGGGCAGCCGCUCGAUUACGACCAUCCGCUGAACGGGACAAUGGCAGCCUACGCUCAACAAAUAGUCAUAUGCACGGGACAAAUGGAUUGGACAAGUCGCAUUGAGGAUGACGGGAAAGACCAAGGCUGGGGGGAGCUUGUGAGAGGUUUAAAGGGUUUGAUGGGCCGCGGUGGUCCAUACGCCGAUCCUUUUAACAACAUUUUGGUCACGAAUUCCUCAUUGCCACCUUCGCAGACGGGAUCUUCUUCUACCAAUGCAGCCUCAGCCUUCCUUUUCCCUAGCUUUAAAUACUUCCCUUUCAUACCUACCAAUGUCGGGGACUCACCGAGUCCAGGAGCCAACCUUUCAACCUUUGUGCAAGCAUUCCUUCUUCCCACAAAACUCAGCCCGAUGACAGAGAGCCUCCCCGAACCCCGGCAUAGCGAUUUACUCCGAAAGCCCGGGUUGGUAUCCGAGUUCACCGACGCUGUGGAUCUACAUCAUUCACCUGUUAUCUUGAUUUGCGGGCACGGCGGCCGUGAUAUGCGAUGCGGAACAAUGGCGCCUGUUCUAGAAGAGCAAUUCCGGAAGGUCUUGGAAUCAAAAGGACUAUUCACCCAGGCAAGGAAUGGCAGUGGUAGUAUUGACAGUCCAGAUCGUGCUCAUGUCGGUCUAAUCAGUCACGUCGGUGGACAUAAAUAUGCUGGGAACGUGAUCGUAUAUAUUCCCAAAAACAUGAAAUACGAGAACUCGUCCGCUCCCCACCCGCUGGCCGGUAAGGGGAUUUGGUAUGGACGUAUUGAACCCAAGCACGUUGAGGGGGUCGUAGAGGAAACUAUCUUGAGGGGGAAGGUGGUGUCAGAUCAUUUUAGAGGUGGGAUAGAUCACGAUGGGAGCAUCCUUCGGCUAUAG